AUGGGGUACUACAGCGUCGCCGAGCUCAUCGCCGAGGAAGAGCGGAUCCAAUGCGUCUUCCAGACAGAUGCGACCGACUGCGGCUUCCUCGACCCAUCGAGCCUCGGGAAGGACCUCUCAAUGGACACGAAGCUCGAGCUGCCGCUGUGGAUGGCGUCGGCGCUCGCCCGCCAUAACACGGUCAAGACGCUCGUGCCCACGUGCCUCAACAGCCGCUUCCGCAACGUCGUCAAGGCUGGGCCGUCGGCUGCCAACCUCCGGGACAUGAACCCAUACUACUUUGAGGUCGGGAAGCAAGUGCUACCGCUCAUCGAGGACGAAGACGAAGGCCGCGCGAUUGACGAGAUUCUGCGCGUCGCGUUUGGCGGCGAGCGCUACAAGGCGAUCCUCGACCAGUCGAUGAACUCGCACGACGAAGACACGACCGAGUUUACGCGCAAGCUCACCGAGUACGAGAAGGACCUCUUCCUUGCGGGCGUCGACGACGCCGAGGACUUUUUACGAUGGAAAGGACGGGAGAACGGACUCAUUGCGUGCGCCAAGGUCAUCCAAAUGAAGAAGCGCAAGCGCGACCAGUAG